AUCUCUCCAUUCCCACGGCUACGGCUCCGUUCCAUUACAUUCUCUUCCAUCCUUCUAUGCUUCUCUUACGAUUUUCUGUUUGUUUUAUGUUCUUACAUUAGGUGGCCGAUGAUGAUAAAUCCAAAGGCUUGUUUCUCAAAACAUUCGCAGUGGCCGCCUAAGAGCUUUCGCCUUCGCCGGGCUUGAGAGCUAGUGCUGCUUUCCUUGGAUGUCUGAGGCUUCAAAAUUCAAUAUUUUGUGCGUUUUUUAUUUGUUUGGGUACGAUUUCAGCACUUAAAUUGAUUACAAUAUUAUGGGUCGAUUUUUUUUAAAAAAAAUAAUUAGAUCGAUUUGAAUCUUAUAUGAAUGCUAUUGUUGGUUUUGGGACUAUACGUCUGCCCCUUUAGCAGGAUCUCAGAGUGCUUUAGGGAUGAACAAGUCCCUAAUAUGUAUUCCAUCCGAUUCACUUUGUCAGCUAUCUUUUUGGCUUUUAGCUGAUCAUUACAGGAUGGAAAAUUCAAUGAAAAUUAUGUGAAAUACUGUCUUUUCAAUGGUGCAGGCUGCAACUUUUCUUUUUUCUUUUUCUUUUUCUUUUUUGUGUUUUACUCUGAUUUUAAUGAAAAAUUUUUUGGGCUGUUGUUGAUGAUGACAAAUCUAAAGGCUUGUUUCUCAAAACAUUCGCAGUGGCCGCCUAAGAGCUUUCGCCUUAGCCAGGCUUGAGAGCUUGUGCUGCUUCAAUCCUUCCUUGGAUGUCUGAAACAUUAAGAAAUUUCAUUUUUUUUCGCUUUUAUGUUUUGUUGGAUUUGAACUGGUUCUCCAAAUAUUGUGUUGCACUUCCUUUGCUCAUGUCAAUGUUAUUUUAUUUUUUGAAUUAAUCUAUAUCUUUUUCUAUCCUUUUGAUUAUUGAUGAAUAAGGCUUAUUGAUUGUGGACUUUGUCUUGAAUUUAUUAAAAUAAUUAAUUGUUUUUGAAAUUCUAAAUUGAUGUUUCAUUGUUUUGCCCAAAUGAUCAGGUUAUGUUUUUCAGUACAGAGUACAAUUUUACAUUGUACUGGCUACAAUUUGUUUUUGUUUUUUAAUGUAUAGUACAUAUUAUAAUUAAAGAAUAGUAUACAAUGCAAUUGCCAUCUAUCUGAUUAGAUGUCCUGACAUUGAAGGUUCUGUGUCUUCAGUCUUUAGGUCUUUAUGCAAUUUGCGAUGGGUUGUUGAAUGGACUUGAGUAAAUUGUACAAGGGUCAUUACCUUUGUGCAUCCAGAAUUACAUGUUACAUGCAAAUGUAUCUAUAUGGUGCUUUCAAAUGGCUUUUCUUGAACGGCUCUUAUGUUUCUGCAGAGCAGAGACGUUGAAAAGAAAAACACUGUUGUGGAUUAAAGAUCUAUGUUCUGAGUAUGUUUGUGUUGUAAGCAGAAGCCAUCACUCAGAAUUUAGUGUUUGUAUUGGAUUCAGAAGAAAAUUUAUAUUGCCAUUUAAGUUUCUAUGUAAUCUUAACUAAGAUGGGUUUUAUUUAACUCUUGUUCUUUUUCCCUA